GACAAACUGUUCACGACCGAUUCUUACCGAGCGACUGUAUGCUCAAGCGCACGAUACGUUAUUCGAAUAUAGAAUCCCAUUAAAAUCAUAUACGGUAGAAAUGAUGCGAUGUAGAAAAGUCGAUCAGAAUUAUCAUUUUUGUCGCGUUAUGUGGAUAAGAAUGAAAGAUUGUUUGGAAAAUCUAUCUAAAAUUUGUACAUCGUGUACAUCAAACGUGAAAUGAUAUGGACCGAUAAUAACAAACCGCGUGUGAAAGGUCCACUUAAAGUCAGGAUACAAGAUGAUGCCAACAAUGCCACCAGAUUCUCAUAAAAUUUCUUUAAAAAUAAUUGAAGCUAUCAAGCAACAUCCUGUUCUCUAUAGUUCCGAAGUUAAGGGAUCUUCCAUUAAGCUACAAGAAUUUAAACAGAAAGUUUGGAAACGUAUUUCGGAUGAGCUUGGUCUCGAUCCAACUUGGGUUAGAUUAAGGUGGAAAAAUCUACGGGAUACCUAUUGCCGCAUCUUAAAGUACAAAAAUAAGACUGAGAAAGGUGUUAGAAGAAAGAAAUGGAUUUUUGAAGAUCAUUUGAGUUUCUUAAAAUUUCCGUACGAAUCAGAUUAUCAACCACAAAGUAUAGAAUUGUCAGAAGAAUACAUACAAGAUAUAAAUGCAGGUGGAAUAAGUUCGGAAGGUCUUCUUGAACAAUUAGAAGAUCGCAAUGAUGAAGAUUAUAGUGAAUAUUUAGAGGUACUAGAAGAGACAACGGCUGAUCCAGUUUUAGUGGAUACUGAACCUUUAGAAAUGUUAAAUACCAGUGAUCAACAUUUAGCUGAGAAUAUACAAAUAGAAAAUGACCAAAUACAACAACAUCAUCAAGAUGUGGAUACUUACGUUCAACAAAUACAAUCAAAAUAUAGAAAGAUAAGACCGAAGAGGUUAAAGGUGGAACAUCCGUCUAGUACAGAGGUGCCUAACACGUAUAGUAUUUUAAAGACUCCUUCGAAAACUAAAAACAUGGUCUCUAUUGAUAACAAUCCUAUAACUACACCUAUUUUCAUAACCAGUUCAUCUACUACAACUACACCUACGACGCCUAUAAAAGGAUUAAAUAAUGUACAAGAAGAUGGAGAAAGGAAUCUAGAACAAGUUUAUCUAGCGCCGGAAGGCAAAAGCAGUAUAGAACUGUUUUUUGACAGUAUGGCACAAACAGUCAAGAGAUUACCACCAAAAGCACAAGCUGACAUAAAAAUGAAUAUUUGUAAAAUUGUUACAGAGGCAGAGGUACGAUUUUCGGGACAAAAUACGGCACAAAGUACGCAACAAUUUAUAACACCGCCAGGCAUGAUUCCAAAACUGGUAUUGAUUCCUUGUAAUAUGAUAGACCAGCAGAAUAAUAAAGGUUGACAGUUUCUAAAUUGUAGAUACUAUCACUGGGAGAACUUA